UCUGCUCCACACACUCGCUGCAGUGGAAGGGACGCGGUGGGAGGGAUGGACGUCCAUGCACGGCCCUCUCUCUGUUCAGAGAACACUUAUUAAACGCCUGUGGAUCUCGACUAAACUCUUCGUGUCGACACAAUGAAGCAGUGUGACUUUCAGGUGUAACAAACAAAACAAAACAACGAGCAGGAGGAGGCCUUUGACAGUUGCUGGUGGACUGAUGGCUCCAAAGUGACGUGCCAUGGCGUUAACAAUCCCCCCAGUCAAACUCAAAUGGCUGGAGCACCUCAACAGCUCAUGGAUCACAGAGGACAGCGAGUCCAUAGCCACACGAGAAGGUGUUUCCGUGUUGUACUCAAAGCUCCUGGCUAACAAAGAGGUGGUGCUGCUCCCCCAGCAGGUGCUCUGUCUCAAGGGUCCCCAGCUGCCAGACUUUGAGCGCGAGUGUCUCUCCAGCGAUGAACAGGAGCACUACUUGGAUGCGCUUCUUGGCAGCCAGUUAGCUUUGGCCAAGAUGGUGUGCUCUGACUCUCCCUUUGCCGCCGCCCUGCGCAAACGCGUGCUGGUUCUUCAGCGAAUCUUCUAUGCACUGUCCAACAAGUACCACGACAAGGGGAAAGUGAAGCAGCAGCAGCACUCUCCAGAGAACACCUCGGGCUCGGCGGAUCUGCACUGUGUCAGCGAGCGACCCCGCUCAAGCACUGAUGCACUCAUUGAGAUGGGUGUUCGCACAGGCCUCAGCCUUCUUUUUGCCCUGCUGCGGCAGAGCUGGAUGAUGCCGCCUCCACCCAGCCCAUGUGGGGCAGCCGGUGGCAACCUAAACUUGUGUAAUGAUGUCAUUCACACGGCCAUUGAUGUAGUUAGUUCCCUGCCGCCCCUCUCUCUGGCCAAUGAGAGUAAGAUCCCACCAAUGGGCUUGGACAGUCUGGCCCAGGUCACCACUUUCCUGAAGGGGGUUACUAUGCCAAAUUCUGGGGCAGAUAUCGUAGGGCGACGACUUGCCUCAGAGUUACUGCUCGGGCUUGCCUCCCAGAGGGGCUCACUUCGCUACUUGCUGGAAUGGAUUGAGAUGGCGCUGGCGGCAGCGGCUGUGGUCAGUACAAUCGAGCAGAGUAAGGCACCACAGAGCCAGGAGGGCCUCAUUGGCUAUGAUUGUUUCAUGAACAUCCUCAUGCAGAUGAGACGAUCACUGGGUUCCUCAGCAGAUCGCAGCCAAUGGAGAGAACCUACGCGCAACCCUGAUGGGCUGUGCUCAUUGUAUGAGGCAGCACUAUGUCUUUUUGAAGAAGUGUGUCGAAUGGCGUCAGACUACUCCCGUACCUGUGUCAGUCCAGACAGCAUCCAGACAGGUGAAACCCCAGUGGUUUCUGAGACCUGCGAGGUGUACGUGUGGGGAAGUAACAGCAGCCACCAACUUGUUGAGGGUACACAAGAGAAGAUCCUGCAGCCCAAGUUGGCCCCCAGCUUUGCUGAUGCCCAGACAAUUGAGGCAGGCCAGUACUGCACCUUCGUAAUCUCUUCUGACGGCUCUGUGCGGGCCUGCGGGAAAGGAAGCUAUGGUCGGCUUGGCCUCGGAGACUCCAACAAUCAGUCCACGCUCAAGAAGCUGACCUUCGAACCUCACCGUGCCAUCAAAAAAGUGUCAUCUUCCAAGGGCUCAGAUGGCCACACGCUGGCCUUCACGACGGAGGGUGAAGUGUUCAGCUGGGGUGAUGGCGACUAUGGCAAGCUCGGUCACGGGAACAGCUCGACGCAGAAAUACCCAAAACUUAUCCAAGGGCCGUUGCAGGGAAAGGUGGUGGUAUGUGUAGCUGCUGGCUACAGACACAGUGCUGCAGUCAGUGAGGAAGGAGAGCUGUACACAUGGGGGGAAGGUGACUUCGGAAGACUGGGUCACGGUGACAGCAACAGCCGAAACAUUCCCACCUUGGUGAAAGACAUCAGCAACGUGGGAGAAGUGUCAUGUGGAAGCUCUCAUUCUAUCGCAUUGUCAAAAGAUGGCCGUACUGUCUGGUCCUUUGGAGGAGGAGACAAUGGCAAACUCGGUCAUGGUGAUACUAAUCGCGUUUACAAGCCCAAAGUCGUGGAAGCACUUCAAGGAAUGUUCAUCAGAAAAGUGUGUGCCGGGAGCCAAUCCUCUCUUGCCUUAACUUCCACUGGACAGGUUUAUGCUUGGGGUUGCGGUGCUUGCCUGGGUUGUGGUUCGUCGGAGGCAACAGCACUUAGACCUAAACUUAUUGAGGAGCUCGCUAUGACCAGGGUGGUGGACAUCUCCAUCGGGGACAGUCACUGCCUGGCGUUGUCUCAUGACAAUGAAGUGUACGCAUGGGGAAACAACUCCAUGGGCCAGUGUGGACAAGGCAAUUCCACAGGACCAAUCACAAAGCCCAAAAAGGUGGUUGGCUUGGACGGAGUCACUGUACAGCAGAUCUCAGCUGGAACUUCCCAUAGUCUGGCCUGGACAGCCCUCCCCAGAGACAGGCAAGUGGUUGCCUGGCACAGACCCUAUUGUGUUGACCUUGAGGAAAGCACUUUUUCCCACUUACGCUCCUUCCUUGACCGCUAUUGCGAUGGCAUCAACAGUGAAGUUCCUCCGCUACCCUUCCCUUCAUCCAGGGAACAUCAUAACUUCCUUAAGCUGUGCCUUCGGCUUUUGUCCAAUCAUCUGGCUCUGGCACUUGCCGGGGGAGUGGCCACAAGUAUCUUAGGUCGGCAAGCCAGGCCUCUGAGGAAUCUUCUCUUCAGACUGAUGGACUCUUCUGUGCCAGAUGAGAUUCAGGAGGCAGUGAUUGAGACACUAUCUGUAGGAGCGACCAUGCUUCUGCCUCCACUGAGAGAGAGGAUGGAGCUUCUUCAUUCCUUGCUGCCUCAAGGCCCUGACAGAUGGGAGAGUCUGUCCAAAGGACAGAGGAUGCAGCUCGAUAUUAUCCUGACAAGUCUCCAGGACCAUACUCAUGUAGCCUCACUCCUGGGAUAUAGCGCUCCUGCCGAUGGCCCCGAGGUGCUUACCUGUGGCCUGGGGUUUACAGCUUCCCCAGACCCCGAUUACAGUGCCCCAGCGGGCCACCCUGACACACAUCUAGCAGAGAUCCUCAUGAAGACACUACUGAGGAACCUUGGUUUUUAUACAGAUCAGGCUUUUGGUGAGCUGGAGAAAAACAGUGACAAGUUGCAGCAGGACAUGUCCUCUUCUGACAGCAGCCAACCAGCUCACCUUCACCAACUCCUUUGCUCCCUACAGAAGCAGUUAUUAGCCUACUGCCACACCAACAACGUGACUGAGAACUCCAGCAGCGUAGCUCUGCUCCAUAAGCAUUUGCAGCUCCUUCUGCCUCACGCCAAAGAUAUCUUCUCCCGUUCAGCUACUUUGAUCAAAGAAAGUUCCUGGAAUGGCAGCGUACGUGAGAAACUACAAGAUGUGAUCUUUGUGUCAGCAGCAGGCAGUAUGCUGUGUCAGAUCAUCAACUCUUUGCUUCUGCUACCUGUGUCUGUGGCGAGGCCUUUGCUAAGCCACCUCCUUGACUUGCUGCCUCCACUAGACCGACUAAAUAGGCUCUUGCCUGCCGCCUCUCCUCUGGAGGACCAGGAGCUGCAGUGGCCUCUUCAUGGUACGUCAGACUUUGCUGAGCCAGGCUCAGGAAUGUCUGUGCCACAACCAGCAUUGUCCUGGGUGUGGCUUGUUGACUUGGAGAGGACGGUAGCCUUACUGGUGGGACGUUGUCUUGGUGGGAUGCUGCAGGGCGCCCCCACCUCUUUGGAGGAGCAUGACACUGCUUACUGGCUCAAAACCCCACUUUUCAGUAAUGGCUUAGAGAUGAACAUCCCACAGCUAGAUGCUUCCAUCAGCUCAUUGCUGGAGGCUGCGCUGUCGGAUAAUGAAGAACAGAAGCCUUUUGACUGCACAGUUCGCCCUGACUUGAGUGUCCUGGUGGAUUUGGCUUUAGGCUCCUCCAAAGAACCUUCCAACAGCCUCUGGAUCAGCAUGCAAGACUAUGCCAUUAGCAAAGACUGGGACAGCGCUUCUCUAAGCAAUGAAUCCCUAUUAGAUACUGUGUCUAGGUUUGUUUUAUCCACCUUAUUGAAGCACACAGGGUUGCUCAAACAGGCACACGGAGAGGGGAGAGACCAGCCAUCCAAGUCCCUGGCAGAGGUCUAUCGUAGUGUUUAUAUGGUACGAAAUCGCCUACUGGCGUGUAAGAAUAUGGAUUUCAUUCAGACGCGAUCUUCAUCCCGUGAGAGGAGGAUUUCAGACAAUCAGGACUCUCUAGACAUGGAUCCCCAGGAGCAUUCAUUCACACGCACCAUUGAUGAGGAGGCAGAAUUGGAAGAAAGAGCUGACCGUGAGAGAGAAGAGGGUCAUCAGGAACAAGACGAUGAAGAGGAAGACAGAGAGCACGAAGUCAUGACAGCUGGAAAAAUCUUUCAAUGUUUCCUCUCAGCACGGGAGGUAGCUCGCAGUCGGGACAGAGAGAGGGCCACCAGUGCUGGCGUUGGCUCUAGCUUGGUGCCCAGGAGCGGAGGAGCAGGAGCCGGUCCAAGUGGAGAAGAGGAUGCCAUUCUAUCGCUAGAGGGGAGAAGGGACAGUACGGUUCUCCCGGAAGGCCAGGACUUGUACACAGCAGCUUGUAACUCUGUGAUCCACCGCUGUGCCCUGCUAAUUCUGGGGGUGAGCCCUGUUUUGGGUGAGCUGACCAAGCAAAACCAAGAAGAGGGACAAACUGCUGCGGGAAAUCAGGACUGUUUGAGCUUCAUGACCAGGAGUGAGAGUCUAAGUACAGAGAGCCGCUCAGUGCAAAGCAGUCCCAGCUACAGGCUUAUCAAAUCUAGGAGCGAGUCAGACCUCUCGCAGCCUGAGUCUGAUGAAGAGGGAUAUAAUCUGAGUGGAAGGAGAAAUGUUGACCUGGACUUGGCGUUCUCUCACAAAAAGAGAGGUCUGCUUUAUAGCUCUCCAGACUCUCUGGCAGAGUCCUGGUUUCGUGCAAAACUGAGCCGGCAGCGCAGCUACAGCUCAGCAUACUCGUAUGAAGAAUCAGACCUGGACCUGAACCGCUCUCUUGGUAUUCAUGCUCUUAUUGAGAAUAUGAUCAGCUUCAUCAGCGGUGAUGUUGGGCUGACUCCAGCAUUCAAAGAACCAGAGGAAAGCAUGUCUACCAGUCCACAGGCCACAAUCCUGGCUAUGGAACAGCAACAGAGCAGGGCAGAGCUGAGGUUAGAAGCUCUCCAUCAAAUUGUGGUGUUAAUUGCUGGUAUGGAGGAGAAAGGCUGCCAGCCAGGGAAUACAGAUCGUCCUUGCAGUGCCUUCCAGUCCUCUUCUCUACUCACCUCUGUCAGGCUGCAGUUCCUGGCUGGUUGUUUUGGCCUGGGUACUGUUGGCAGUGGUGGGCAAAAGAGGGAGAGUGUGCAGCUGCACCAUUAUCAGGAUGGUGUUAAAGCAGCUAAGAGAAGCCUCCAGUUGGAAAUCCAGACAGCGGUUCAUAAAAUAUACCAGCAACUAUCGGUAACUCUGGAGAGAGCUUUGCAGGCAAACAAGCACCACAUAGAAGCCCAACAGCGCCUUCUGCUGGUGACUGUGUUUGCUCUGAGUGUGCGUUACCAGCCGGUAGACGUUUCCCUGGCCAUCUCCAGUGGGUUACUCAAUGUACUCUCCCAGCUAUGUGGCACGGAGACCAUGCUGGGACAGCCGCUUCAGCUUCUACACAAACCGGGAGUAUCCCAGCUCAGCACUGCUCUUAAAGUGGCUUCCACGCGGCUGCUGCAGAUACUGGCCAUCAGUACUGGGACUUAUGCAGACAAAUUAAGUCCAAAGGUUGUCCAGUCAUUGCUGGACCUCCUCUGCAGCCAGCUGAAGAACCUUCUGUCGCAGGCAGGAGUUAGCAUCCUGUCUUCUGAACAGCACCAAGACAACAAACAAGAGGACUCAGUGGAUUCUGAGAAGAAAGACUUCAGAGCUUUACUACGCAAACAACACACUGCUGAGCUACACCUGGGAGACUUUCUAGUCUUCUUAAGGAGAGUGGUGUCAUCCAAAGCCAUCCAGUCCAAGAUGGCUUCCCCCAAAUGGACCGAAGUGUUACUCAAUAUUGCUGCACAGAAAUGCUGCUCAGGGGUCCCUCUGGUGGGAAACCUGAGAACUCGGCUUCUUGCGCUUCACGUUUUGGAGGCUGUCCUACCUGCCUGUGAGGCCAAUAUGGAAGAUGACCAAAUGACACAGGUUGUUGAGCGGCUCUUCUCUUUGCUGUCUGACUGCAUGUGGGAAGCUCCCAUUGCCCAAGCCAAGCACUCGGCCCAGAUUAAAGAAAAAGUACAUGAACUUAAAUUACAGGGAGACUCUGAGGAGGAAGAGGAGAACCUUCCCGUCCAAGAAGUGUCCUUUGACCCCGAGAAGGCUCAGUGUUGUGUUGUGGAAAAUGGACAGGGGCUGACCCAUGGCAGUGGGGGUAAAGGCUAUGGCCUGGCCUCCACUGGUAUCUCCUCUGGGUGCUAUCAAUGGAAGUUUUACAUCGUAAAGGAGAACCGUGGCAAUGAGGGUACAUGCGUGGGUGUUUCACGAUGGCCCGUGCAUGACUUCAACCACCGCACCACAUCAGAUAUGUGGUUAUACCGAGCGUACAGUGGCAACCUCUAUCACAAUGGGGAACAAACUCUGACACUUACCAGUUUUACCCAGGGAGACUACAUCACUUGUGUGCUGGACAUGGAGGCUAGAACCAUGUCAUUUGGAAAGAAUGGAGAGGAACCCAAGUUAGCCUUUGAGGAUGUGGAUGCCACAGAACUGUACCCCUGUGUGAUGUUCUAUAGCAGUAACCCAGGGGAGAAGGUUAAGAUCUGUGACAUGCAAAUGCGCGGCACACCCCGAGACCUACUGCCCGGAGACCCAGUUUGCAGCCCAAUGGCCACUGUCCUGGCCGAGGCCACCACACAGUUAAUCCGAAUCUUACACCGCACUGAUGACUGGACACAUCGUAUCAACAAAACCAUGAUUGAACGUCUUUAUAAAAUCAAGCCUUGCUUCAGAGAGUCAGCAAGUGCCUCCGGAAGCAGUGGGGGUCAGAGGCUAAAAAAGAGUCGCUCGGUUCAAAGUCGCGAGGAGCAUGACACACAGCGAGAAGGUCAGGAAACUCCUAUGAGAACCGAGGAAGAAAGGGGACGGCACGGACGACAACACGGCUUAGGCGAGCUGUCGGAGCACCUCCUAAGAACACUUUGCACUGAGGUAUGGCCAGUCUUGGCUGUAAUCGGAGGGGCAGAUGCUGGCCUUCGUGUCGGUGGGCGGUGUGUUCACAAGCAGACAGGGCGGCAUGCAACUUUGCUUGGAGUGGUGAAAGAAGGCAGUACUUCAGCCAAGGUGCAAUGGGACGAGGCUGAGAUCACCAUCAGCUUCCCAACUUUCUGGUCACCUAGUGACACUCCACUGUACAACCUGGAACCCUGUGAGCCUCUGCCUUUUGACGUCGCACGUUUCCGUGGCCUCACUGCCUCGCUACUGUUGGAUCUCACCUACCUUAUAAGCAUCCACGAGGAAACGGCGGCUAAGCUCAGUGCACGUCGCCACGACAAGAGGCAUCGGAAUGCGUACUCGACAGGACACGAGCCGACAAACAAUGAAGACAAGGCAGACAAUGAAAUGCCCAACCACAAGGAACUAAGGGACAAUGUUGGCAAAGGAUCUGGAUCUGUCCCAAGCACAACCACCUCUGACUUGCGGGUUUCUCAUAGUCUCGACGAAGUCAAGGCACAUGUGGCACCCAACUCAAAGUCAGAUGGUGAGAUCUCCUCUGUUGUUGUUGGUGGGGUCAGCGGGAAUGACACCCUUUUUUCUGUAGCACCCCAUGCUCCCAUUGAGGGGAACAAGAAGAAAGGCCACGAGCAUGCUUCCCGUAGUCAUGAGCCAUACCCUUCUUUAAUUGCCACCCAAUCGGAGAUCCACGCAGUGCAGCUCUCCUACCUCUACCUAGGAGCCAUGAAGACCCUCAGUGUCCUGCUUAGCUGCAGCAAGUAUGCAGAGCUGCUGCUUAUACCAAAGGUGUUACCAGAAUCCAGUGGGCACAAUGCUGAUCUAAACGCUAGUGCCAGUGCAAGCACAGCUGCCACCUCUCCGAUAUGCCAAGAAGAGGUGGAGAUGCGGGCUGCUCUUCAGUUCCUAAUGCGCCACAUGGUGAAGCGGGCAGUCUUGCGUUCUCCCAUCAAACGGGCUUUAGGAUUGGCAGACCUGGAGAGGGCACAGGCCAUGAUCUACAAGCUAGUCGUCAAUGGGCUUCUGGAAGAACCCUGUGGGGGAAAGGGUAAACAUGGUGUGAAAAAUGAGUCCGAGGGUGAAGGUGAGGGUCCAGAGGGUGAGCAGUUAGUACAGACUCCAGUCACCACAAGCCCCUCCGCCUCCAGCACCACUUCAUUCAUGAGCUCCUCUCUAGAGGAUACCACCACUGCAACCACACCUGUCACUGACACUGAGACCGUCCCUGCAUCCGAGUCUCCCGGGGUCAUGCCUCUCAGCCUUCUCAGGCAAAUGUUCUCCAGCUAUCCAACCACCUCCUUGGGUCCAACUCGCAGAGCCCAAACACCCCCGGUGUCAUCUCUGCCAACCUCGCCCUCUGAUGACAUUGGCCGCAGGCAGAGCCUCACGUCCCCGGACUCACAGCCAACCAGACCACAAAACAGAACAGGUACCUCUCUUUCAGACCCCAGCAGCAGGCUGUCAACAUCUCCACCCCCUCCUGCAAUUGCUGUACCCUUGCUGGAGAUGGGCUUCUCCUUGCGCCAAAUAACUAAAGCAUUGGAGGCAACUGUGUAUGAUCCAACCAUCCAUCCAUUUCUUUGCUGCUUAUCCUGUUCAGGGUCGUUGGAGAAAUGUGCGAGAGGUGAAGCAGAUGCUCAGAACAUCACAGUGCUGGCCAUGUGGAUGAUAGAACAUCCUGGUACAGACGAUGAGCACGAUGAGCCGAGAGGCAGUAGUGUCAGCGGCGAAGUGUCUGACGCCCCCUGCCCAGGUGCAACAGCAUAUGUUGGCAGCAAAUCUCGCGAUAGGAGUUCCUGUGUUUGUUCACCUGGAGACAUUGCCAGUGCAGACGCUUCAGAAAUGGAAGAGGGCUUCAGUGAGAGUCCUGAGGGACAAGAGCAAGAUGGUGUUGCCCUGAGAGGACGAGCUGCUGUGUCUCGGAAACAUCACUUUGACCUGGCUGCUCGUAGAUUGUUUGCCCGUGCUGCCGGAUUGUACCGCUCCGUGCAGGCCCACCAUAGCCAAUCACGCAGGGAGGUUCCAUCCCACCAGCAACAACAAGACCCAGGUGCCCUUUAUGACUUCAACCUUCUGGAUGAAGAGCUUGAGAUGGACCUUGAUGAGGAGACGAUGGAGGUCAUGUUUGGACAGGACCUUGCCAAUGAAUCUGACAUUCUGGGAAUGUGGAUCCCGGAGGUACUGGAUUGGCCAACAUGGCACGUAUGCGAGACAGAUGAUCGGGAUGAAGUGGUGGUGUGUGAGCUCUGCGAAGCCAAUGUAGCUAACUUCAAUCAGCAUAUGAAGAAAAGCCACCCUGGUUGCGGUCGCAGUGCCAACCGGCAAGGCUACCGUAGCAACGGCUCCUACGUAGACGGCUGGUUUGGAGGGGAAUGUGGCAGCGGAAACCCCUACUAUCUGCUUUGUGGCGCCUGCAGAGAGAAGUAUUUAGCCAUCAAAAGCAAGGCGAAAGUCCCCGUUGUGGAGAGAUAUAAGGGCCAGGCUCCUGACCUUCUGGGAAAGCAGGACAGUGUUUAUGAAGAGGACUGGGACAUGAUGGAUGUUGAUGAAGACGAGAAGCUCACAGGGGAGGAGGAAUUUGAGCUUUUGGCAGGUCCAUUAGGACUGAGUGAACGCAGAACUGUCCCAGAAGCUGUGCAGUUCCCUGAUAGUGACCCAUUGGGGGCCUCUGUCGCUAUGGUAACUGCCACCAACAGUAUGGAGGAGACAUUGCUGCAGAUUGGUUGUCAAACAUCGGUGGAUAAAAGUUCAUCGGGCAGGGUAACUCUUGGAGAGCAGGCAGCCGCCCUGCAGAACCCCCAUGACCGAGUGAUGGCCCUGAGAAGGGUGACUGCUGCAGCCCAGGUGCUGCUUGCCAGGACGAUGGUGAUGAGAGCCCUGUCUCUGCUGUCUGUGAGUGGUUCGAGCUGCAGCCUAGCAGCUGGCCUGGAGUCGCUUGGCUUAACAGACAUCAGGACUCUUGUCAGGCUAAUGUGCCUGGCAGCAGCAGGCCGGGCCGGUCUUUCUACCAGUCCGACAGUAGGCUCUGGCCAUGCUGAAAGGCCACGUGGAGCUGCCAAGGCCAGCAAACCCAUCUCCUGUCUAGCGUAUCUCAGCACAGCAGUGGGCUGCUUGGCCUCCAAUAGCCCCAAUGCUGCCAAACUGCUGGUGCAGCUCUGCACACAGAAUCUCAUCUCUGCUGCAACUGGAAUGAAUCUGACAACGGUGGAUGACCCUGUCCAGAGAAAAUUCCUACCCAGCUUCCUGCGUGGCAUGGCGGAGGAGAACAAGCUUAUUACUUCGCCCAACUUUGUAGUGACGCAGGCUCUGGUGGCUCUGCUGGCAGAUAAAGGGGCCAAACUCAGACCUGCUUACGAUAAGGCUGAUAUGGAGAAAAGAGGUUUAAUUGCCCAUUUGUAUGCCCAUCCUUCCCAUAAUCCCUCCGCUGUAGGCCCUCUGGAGCUGGCCAAUGCUCUGGCUGCCUGCUGCCUGUCCUCGAGGCUAUCCUCGCAACAUCGGCAGUGGGCUGCACAGCAGCUAGUGCGCACAUUAGCUGCCCAUGACCGUGAUAAUCAGAGCCGGCCACAGACCUUUGCCGAUAUGGCAGGGGACCUGAGGAAGUGUUCUUUGAUGAAGUUGGAGGCUCAUCAGAGCAGGGUCCUCACAUGUGGCUGGUGCAAAAAGAAAGGCUUGUUGGCAACUAGUGGCAAUGAUGGCACAGUCAGGGUCUGGAAUGUAACCAAGAGCCAGUACACCCUCCAGCAGACCUGUAUCUUCAACAAGGAUGAUGGCUCUUCAGAGGAGGGCUGUACAGGUUUUGGAUCUCCCAGUGAUUUUUGCCUAUCUCCUCUAGCUUGGAGUGUCACUGGAAAAUAUCUUGCAUCUGCCAUGGAGAAAAUGGUCAACAUCUGGCAAGUUAAUGGAGGUAAAGGCCUUUUGGAUGUGCAGCCUCAUUGGGUUUCAGCCCUGGCUUGGGCAGAAGAGGAACCACAAUCUUUGUGGUCUGGCGAACCCACAGAUAUGCUGCUGGUGGGUCGAAUGGAUGGAUCCCUGGGCCUCAUUGAGGUCCUGGAUUCCUCCAGUUUGCACCGCACAGAGCUGGAGCACUGCUACAGGAAAGAUGUGGCAGUGAUGAACAUAGCCUGGUACAGUGAAGACAAACCGUUUGCUGUGGGCUACGCAGACGGCAAGCUGCUGAUUGGAUCGAAAGAGCCCUUAGAACAACGAGCCAUUGUGGUCAUUGAUGCUCACAAGGAGUCAGUUACCAAUAUGAAGUGGAGUCCUACUGGUCAAAUCUUGAUGACUUGCGCCAAAGAAGAGACGGUGAAGCUUUGGGCCAGUCCAGACCUGCACUCUGAAUUGGGCACUGGCUGGUGGUGUUUAAUGAGCCUUAGACAACCGUCCCUGGUUAACAGUGUUACCUGGUGUAGCUUACUUGGACGUGGCCCAAAGCCCCUCAGCAUGCUUGCCAUAUGCUGUCAAAAUGGUCUGGUCUCAGUCUGGACUGUCCCACAGGCCAUCACAGACUUCCCAGAAUCCUCUUCCUCCGACUCAGAGGUGUGGUGGGAGAAAGACGCAAAUCCUAAACUCAUGUCUUCGCAAUGGUCACAAGAUGGAGCAACGUGUGUUUUCCAGCUGAAGGGACACAUCACUCCAGUUAAAAUGGUGGCCUUCAGCCCUGAUGGUCUUUCUUUGGCUUCUGGAGGAGUUGGGGGCCUUAUGAACAUCUGGUCCCUGAGAGAUGGGUCAGUAGUUCAAACGGUUGUUGCUGGUUCAGGCGCCAUCCAGAAUAUUGUGUGGAUUCCAGAUGUGGGUGUCGCUGUCUGCUCCAACAGGUCAAAGGAUGUGUUGGUUGUGAAUUGCUCCAAAGAAUUCAUGGCAUCCAACCAUGUGCUAGCCACUUGCCGCACAGCUCUUAAAAAACAGGGUGUGGUUGGCCUCAAUAUGGCGCCUUGCAUGAGGGCCUUCCUGGAAAGACUACCGCUUAUGCUGCAGGAGCAGUAUGCAUAUGAGAAGCCUCAUGUUGUGUGUGGGGAGCAGCUUAUCCACAGCCCGUACAUGCAAUGCCUAGCCUCCUUGGCAGUGGGACUCCAUCUGGACCAGCUCCUGUGCUGCCCACCAGUUCCGCCUUCUCUGCGACACUGCCCGCCUGAGUCUGGCUCUGCCGUUUGGAGUGCCAGCGAAUGGGCAUGGCUGGACUGCUUCUCAACAACAGUGAAGGCAGCAGAGGCUUUGGCUCGCGGUGCUACCUUCCCCGAGUCGUUUACCGUUCCGGACCUGGAGCCAGUUCCCAAAGACGAAAUGGCUUUGCUCAUGGACAACAGUAAAUGGGUAUCUGGCAUGGAUGAACAAAUCAUGUCCUGGGCCAUCUCUAGACCUGAGGACUGGCACCUUGGAGGGAAGUGUGACGUGUAUUUGUGGGGUGCAGGACGACAUGGCCAGUUGGCAGAGGCAGGCAGAAACAUCUUGGUACCAACCAUUGCACCCUCCUUCUCACAGGCACAACAGGUGGUGUGUGGUCAGAACUGCACCUUUGUUAUUCAGCCUAACGGGACUGUGUUGGCAUGUGGAGAGGGCAGCUAUGGUCGCCUGGGACAAGGCAACUCUGACGACCUGCAUGUCCUGACUGUCAUCUCAGCUCUUCAAGGUUUUGUAGUGACUCAGCUGGUGACGUCGUGUGGCAGUGACGGUCACUCCAUGGCUCUGACAGAGAGUGGUGAGGUGUUUAGUUGGGGUGAUGGCGACUAUGGCAAGCUGGGCCACGGGAACAGUGACCGCCAGCGCCGACCCAGACAGAUUGAAGCUUUGCAAGGAGAAGAGGUGGUACAGAUGUCCUGCGGUUUCAAACACUCAGCCGUGGUAACAGCCGAUGGAAAGCUUUUCACUUUCGGUAAUGGUGAUUAUGGCAGACUUGGUUUGGGGAACACUUCCAACAAAAAGCUGCCAGAGAAAGUCACUGCGUUGGAAGGAUACCAAGUUGGUCAGGUUGCAUGUGGUCUGAACCACACACUGGUCAUUUCUGCUGAUGGAAUGAUGGUGUGGGCUUUUGGUGAUGGGGACUAUGGCAAACUGGGACUUGGCAAUUCUACAGCCAAGUCUUCACCUCAGAAAGUGGAACUGUUAUGUGGACUUGGCAUCAAAAAAGUGGCUUGUGGAACACAGUUCUCUGUGGCCUUAACCAAAGAUGGCAAAGUGUUUACAUUCGGAAAAGACCGCCUUAUUGGUUUGCCAGAAGCUCGGGCAAGGAACCACAACCGUCCCCAGCAGGUGCCGGCUCUGUCAGGCGUCUACAUCCAGGAUGUUGCUGCAGGAGCUGAGCACAGUUUGGUUCUUUCUUCCACUGGGGACGUUUACACAUGGGGCAGCAACUUAGAGGGCCAGCUGGGGCUGGGCCACACCAACCAUGUGAGAGAGCCUACCCUGGUGACAGCGCUGCAGGGAAAGAACAUUAACCAGAUCACUGCUGGGCGCUGCCACAGUGCAGCAUGGACAGCUCCAUCAGUGCCACCCAGAGCACCAGGCUCUUCAGUCCCUCUCCAGCUGGGUCUGCCUGUGGCUGUGCCCCCUCAGUACGCCGUGCUCAAGGAGGUGAGCAUGGAGGCGGUGAGGGCUCGUCUGCGCCUUCUUUACCACUUCUCGGAUCUCAUGUACUCCUCUUGGAGACUGCUCAACCUCAGUCCCAACAAUCAGAGCUGCACCUCCCACUACAAUGCUGGUACCUGGGGUAUUGUUCAGGGUCAGUUAAGACCCCUGUUAGCCCCGAGGGUAUACACUUUACCCAUGGUGCGUUCCAUUGGCAAAACCAUGGUGCAAGGCAAGAACUACGGUCCCCAGAUCACAGUCAAACGGAUCUCCACGAGGGGAAGGAAGUGUAAACCCAUUUUCGUGCAGAUUGCUCGCCAGGUUGUGAAGCUGAACGCUUCAGACCUUCGACUUCCCUCAAGAGCCUGGAAGGUAAAGCUGGUGGGUGAAGGAGCUGACGACGCGGGGGGUGUUUUUGAUGAUACUAUCACAGAGAUGUGUCAGGAGUUGGAGACCGGUGUGGUAGACCUGCUCAUCCCCUCCCCCAACGCCACGGCAGAGGUUGGCUACAACAGAGACAGGUUCAUCCUCAACCCGUCUGCCUGCCUGGAUGAGCACAUGCUGCAGUUCAAGUUUCUGGGCAUCCUGAUGGGUGUGGCCAUCCGUACCAAGAAACCCCUGGACCUGCACCUGGCACCCUUGGUGUGGAAACAGCUGUGCUGCAUCCCCCUGCUCCGUGAAGAUCUGGAGGAAGUGGACCUCCUUUACGUGCAGACGCUGAAAAGCAUUCUUCACAUUGAAGACAGCGGUAUCACUGAGGAGAAUUUCCACGAGAUGAUUCCUCUGGACUCGUUUGUUGGGCAGAGUGCAGAUGGUAAGAUGGUGCCAAUCAUCCCAGGAGGAAACAGCAUCCCGCUCACAUUCUCCAACAGGAAGGAAUAUGUGGAAAGAGCCAUUGAGUACCGGCUUCAUGAAAUAGAUCGACAGGUGGCGGCCGUGCGUGAGGGCAUGUCGUGGAUCGUGCCGGUGCCGCUGCUGUCCCUGCUGACGGCCAAGCAGCUGGAGCAGAUGGUGUGCGGAAUGCCGGAGAUCUGCUGCGACGUGCUGAAGAAGGUGGUGCGCUACCGUGAGGUGGACGAGCAGCACUCGCUGGUGCAGUGGUUCUGGCAGACUCUGGAGGAGUUUUCCAACGAGGAGCGAGUCCUCUUCAUGCGCUUUGUGUCCGGACGCUCGAGGCUGCCCGCCAACACGGCCGACAUCUCUCAGAGGUUUCAGAUCAUGAAGGUGGACAGGCCAUACGACAGCCUGCCCACCUCCCAGACGUGUUUCUUCCAGCUGCGUCUGCCUCCGUACUCCAGCCAGGCCAUCAUGGCUGAGCGACUGCGCUAUGCCAUCAACAACUGCCGCUCCAUUGACAUGGACAACUACAUGCUCUCUCGCAACGUUGACAACGCCGAGGGCUCUGAUACGGACUACUGAUGCACACCUGGGAGGAGCCGGCAUGCACAGAUUUUACCUGAAUGCCUCACAAACCCAGAAGAUCCCUGCAGGAGGAGCUCUGGAGCAGGGUCACCUUUUAAUUUGAUGUAUUUUCAAACAGCACAUUUUGUCAUUGUGGCUUGGAAACUAUUUUUAUUGACACAAAAACAUUCACAAGUGCAUUUAGAGUGUGUGGUUUUAGGUUUUGUUUUGUUUUUUUCCCGUUACUCCACAUCCCAGUUUGGGUGUUCUGCAUGGAGUGUAUUGUUUGUUUGGGAUUGUGUAUAGAAUGUUCAAGAAAGAGGUUAGAGAAAAAAAUGUAUUGUGUACAUUUUGUAAAAUGCUUCAUUAUUAGAAAUUUGUUUCCAUAACAUCCAUAUUUAUUGUUUUAUUGCCGAUACCUGUUUUCCAAAACAACAAUAAAUGCUGCAGAAUCUUAUUUGCAAU